UGUAUAUUUUUCUCUUCCUAGUGUCAUUUCUUGUAUGUUUCAAUUUUCAUGCACAUACUGUUUGGUCCUUUAUCCCAAAUUUCUGCUAUUUUUGAUGGGAUAAUGUGUGUGUGUGUGUGUGUGUGUGUGUUUUUAAAUAUUUUUAUUUUGGGAAAGAUGAUGGGAUAGUUUAAUAGUGCUUAACUUGGUUUAAAAGAUAAAGAUCUCAAACAUUACAUAGAAUCUAUACAUACAUGUAUGUAUAUUUUGUGGCUUCAUAGAAUGCCUGAAAGGCUGAAAGUGAGAAGUUAAGUUUCUAAUUGGACAAACCUUACUUGGACUGCAAGCUUAGGUCGCAUUCAAGAAUGUGCAAGUUUCAGAUAUAAAUUUACCUUCAAAGUAACAUUUGUCAGAAUUUGAAGCUAUAAGCUAUAUUAUACUUGAAAAAGUACAUAUUUAUAGCUUAAUCAGCCUUAAAGAAACAGAAUUCUAAUUUUAUCAUGCUGAUGUGACAUAAUGCCAACUUUCUUUGCUCAUAAUUUCUUCUUCAAGUAGUUAGCACUUAAUCCAGAUUCUGCAGAAAUAUCCAACUUUACAGUUAAUUGAACCAAAGUCUCCGGUAUAUUGUGGUGAGCAACUAGUUUAGAGGGGGCACAUAUAAAUAAGGAAAGCCAGUAAUUAGGAUUAGUAUAAAUUAAUCAGUCAAAAGAUAUACCUCUGAACAAACAGCAUUCAAAGCUUCAAAGAAAAGCAUGACCUAAGCUUUAUGUCAAGUGUGGCAUUACCAGAUUCUAUAAAUCCUCUUGCAUUAUAGAAAAUCCCAAAGGUGGCCUUUUUCCCAAGUGUUUAACCCAAAAACAACUAAGUUGACAAUGCCUUCAGGCACUUUGAAUUUUCAGUUAGUUCUCCUAUUUUUGACAAUAUAUGCCUCAUGGGCUUCAGGAGAUUCAAUCCAACAGAAUUUCCUUGAAUGCUUUAACGAGAACAGAAUAUCCAAUGCCCCAGUUCCCCCAGCAAGUUAUAGCCCAACAAACACAUCAUUCUCUAUUGUCCUCCAAUCCACAGCUCAAAAUCUAAGGUAUCUCCUGCCUUCUGUGAAAAAGCCUGAACUAAUUAUUAUGCCAACUGAUGAAUCCCAUGUCCAAGCUGCUGUUAUAUGUGCUAAAAAGCUUGGUCUUCAGCUAAGAGUUCGUAGUGGGGGCCAUGACUACGAAGGGGGUUCAUAUGCAUCUGAGAUGGAAGAGCCAUUUGUUAUCCUUGAUAUGGCCAAACUUCGAAUAGUAACAGUUGAGAUCGAAGAGAAUAGUGCAUGGGUGCAGGUUGGUGCCACCAUAGGUGAGCUCUACUACAGGAUAUCUGUGGAGAGCAAGGUCCAUGGAUUUCCUGCUGGGCUGUGCUCCAGCUUGGGUGUGGGAGGCCACAUCACAGGAGGUGCCUAUGGUCCAAUGAUGAGAAAGUAUGGCCUUGGAGCCGACAAUGCCAUUGAUGUUCGGAUGGUCGAUGCCAAUGGUCAGAUUCACGAUCGUAAGUCCAUGGGGGAGGAUUUGUUUUGGGCCAUUAGAGGAGGUGGGGGUGGGAAUUUUGGGAUCAUCUUAGCUUGGAAGGUUCAGUUAGUACCAGUUCCGGAAAGGGUGACAGUUUUCACUGUUGCAAAAACCUUGGAGCAGGGCUUUACAAAGAUCUUAUCUAAAUGGCAACAAAUUGCUGAUAAGAUAGAUGAAAAUCUCUUCAUCAGAGUCAUAAUGCAGAACUCCAAAACCCCAAAGGGUGACAAAACUGUGAUGGGUUUGUUCCAGGCCUUGUUUCUUGGACAAGCUGAUCAGCUGCUCAAGGUUAUGCAACGUGACUUUCCCGAAUUAGGCUUGCAAAAGAAAGAUACCUCUGAAAUUAGCUGGAUAGAAUCAGUUCUAUAUAUUGCUAACUACCCCUCUGGCACAAAGCCUGAAAUCCUACUUGAAGGUAAGCCAACGUUCACUAAUUAUUUCAAGGCAAAGUCGGACUUUGUUAGGGAACCUAUCCCAGCAAGUGGACUUGAAGGUUUGUGGAAACAGCUUAUGGAAGAUGAGGGCUCCCUAAUGAUCUGGAAUCCUUAUGGUGGGAUGAUGAGUAAGAUACCGGAGUCUCAAAUCCCGUUUCCUCACAGAAAUGGGACCAUAUGUAUGAUCCAGUAUGUGGUAACAUGGCAAGAUGGGGAAAGUAGUAAAAGUAGGCAUAUGGAAUGGGUUAGGAAGCUAUAUAACUAUAUGACACCUUAUGUAUCAAUGCUCCCUAGGGAAGCAUAUGUGAACUAUAAGGAUCUUGACUUGGGUAUGAAUGAAGAUGGCAAUGCUAACUUUAUAAAGGCAAGUGCAUGGGGUAGCAUGUACUAUAAGGAUAAUUUCAACAGGCUAGUGAAGAUUAAGACGAAAUAUGACCCUGAGAAUUUCUUCAGGCAUGAGCAGAGCAUCCCACCUCUGCCGCUUAUGGAGAGCAAAAAAUUUAUCCAUAGGGAUACAUGUCAUACAUCUGAUAUUCAGAUGUAAUAGACUUGUUUAAUCAGUAUGUUGUUAAGCUACUAAGCUAGUUUUGUAACUUUUCCUUGCAUAAACUUGUCAACAUUCCACUAUAUUGUGUAAGAUGCAUAUCAUGUAUAAAAAUGAAAUUUUAUUUCAUUGUAUUGUUGUGUAAUAACUUCAGGUAUUAUGAAUUGACAAAUUGUGACAAAUAGGCUUGCAUUUUAACCAUCUUUAAGUACUUGUUGAAUGAAAAUUCUAAUUUUCUUGA